GUCGGUGCGCGUCCCGCAGCUCCAUGGCUCUCCUCGUGCGCCUGCUGAGCCUCGGCGUGGCGCUGGCCCUGGGUCCCGCCGCGACCCUCGCCGGCCCCUCCAAGUCACCCUACCAGCUGGUGCUGCAGCACAGCCGCCUCCGGGGCCGCCAACACGGCCCCAAUGUGUGCGCUGUGCAGAAGGUCAUUGGCACCAAUAAGAAGUACUUCACCAACUGCAAACAGUGGUACCAGAGGAAAAUCUGUGGCAAAUCAACAGUCAUCAGCUACGAGUGCUGUCCUGGAUAUGAAAAGGUCCCUGGAGAAAAAGGCUGUCCAGCAGCCCUCCCACUCUCAAACCUUUAUGAGACCCUGGGCGUCGUUGGCUCGAGCACCACGCAGCUGUACACAGACCGCACAGAGAAACUGAGGCCUGAGAUGGAGGGACCCGGCAGCUUCACCAUCUUUGCACCUAGCAAUGAGGCCUGGGCUUCCUUGCCAGCGGAAGUGUUGGACUCCCUGGUGAGCAACGUCAACAUCGAGCUGCUCAAUGCCCUCCGCUACCACAUGGUGGACAGGCGGGUCCUGACCGACGAGCUGAAGCACGGCAUGGCCCUCACCUCCAUGUACCAGAACUCCAACAUCCAGAUCCACCACUAUCCCAAUGGGAUUGUUACAGUUAAUUGUGCCCGGCUACUGAAAGCUGACCACCACGCCACCAACGGUGUGGUGCACCUCAUCGAUAAGGUCAUCUCCACCGUCACCAACAACAUCCAGCAGAUCAUCGAAAUUGAGGACACCUUUGAGACCCUUCGGGCUGCUGUGGCUGCCUCAGGACUCAACACUGUGCUGGAGGGUGACGGCCAGUUCACGCUCCUGGCCCCAACCAACGAGGCCUUUGAGAAGAUCCCCGCUGAGACCUUGAACCGGAUCCUGGGCGACCCAGAGGCCCUGAGAGACUUGCUCAACAACCACAUUCUGAAGUCGGCCAUGUGCGCCGAGGCCAUUGUGGCAGGGAUGUCCAUGGAGACCCUGCAGGGCACCACACUGGAGGUGGGCUGCAGCGGAGACAUGCUCACCAUCAAUGGGAAGGCUGUCAUCUCCAACAAAGACAUCCUGGCCACCAACGGUGUGAUCCAUUUCAUUGAUGAACUCCUCAUCCCAGAUUCAGCUAAGAUGCUGCUGGAGUUAGCCACAGAGUCCGACGUCUCCACAGCCGUAGAACUCCUCAAACAAGCCGGCCUCAGCACACAUCUCUCUGGAAAGGAGAAGUUGACCUUCCUGGCUCCCCUAAAUUCUGUAUUCAAAGAUGGAGUCCCUCACAUCGAUGCCCAAAUGAAGAACUUGCUCCUGAACCACAUCGUCAAAGACCAGCUGGCCUCUAAGUACCUAUACCAUGGGCAGACUCUGGACACACUGGGUGGCAAGAAGCUGAGAGUUUUUGUUUACCGGAAUAGCCUGUGCAUUGAAAACAGCUGCAUUGCUGCCCAUGACAAGCGGGGCCGGUAUGGGACCCUGUUCACCAUGGACCGAAUGUUGACCCCACCAAUGGGGACGGUUAUGGAUGUCUUGAAGGGAGAUAAUCGUUUUAGCAUGCUGGUGGCUGCCAUCCAGUCUGCGGGGCUGAUGGAGACCCUCAACCGGGAAGGGGUCUACACUGUCUUUGCUCCCACAAACGAAGCCUUCCAAGCCCUGCCGCCGGAAGAACUUAACCGACUCCUGGGAAAUGCCGAGGAACUUAACAACAUACUGAAAUACCACAUUGGUGAUGAAAUCCUGGUUAGUGGAGGCAUUGGGGCCCUGGUACGGUUGAAGUCCCUCCAAGGAGACAAGCUGGAAGUCAGCUCGAAAAACAAUGUAGUAAGUGUCAACAAGGAGCCUGUCGCUGAAACGGACAUCAUGGCCACAAAUGGCGUGGUCUACGCCAUCACCAGCAUUCUGCAGCCUCCGGCCAACCGACCUCAGGAGCGAGGAGAUGAGCUGGCCGACUCCGCUCUUGAAAUCUUCAAACAGGCAUCUGCAUUUUCCAGGGCUGCCCAGAGGUCCGUGCGGCUCGCCCCUGUCUAUCAGCGGUUACUGGAGAGGAUGAAACACUAGCAACAAGGACCACAGGAGGGAUGUGUCUCAGCUUCCUGCCAAUUUCUCUCGAUUUGCCAAACAGACCAUUUGAAUGUUUUUGAAACCAAAUAUCACACUUCAAUAUCCAUGGGCUGUACCAUAAAUGAGAGCUGAGCCUUGGAUGGGUGAGGAGGGGAUGCAGGAGAAAGAUGGGUUAUUCAUAGGCUAUUGUUCCCCCUAAAGACGCUUGUUAAUCCACUGCAUGCACAGAUCUGGACGUCACUGUCUGACCUUCACCUUCAGGAAGGAUCUAUCUAAAACAUGGAAUUUCCUGCCCAUGCCAAAUGCCUAGGAAAAGGGAGCUGCAGCAUUUUGGAGCUCACAAGACGUGAAUCAAGCAAUCCAGCGUUCAGGGAAGUCCUGGCAUGGUUUUGUAAGCUCUUGUGCGGCUGGAGAAAUGGCAUCAUUAUAAGCUAUGAGUUGAACUGUUUCUGUCAAGUAUGUCUUACAUCCAUGUGUGGCUCGGACGCUUCUCUGUGGCACCGUCCCGGUAGAAAAGAAAGGGUGUAUAGAAAUGUAGAGCCCAGACCUCCUGAGUGUGAUGGAGCCAUGGUGUGUUUGUAAUAAUAAAACCAAAGAAAUACA